AGGCAUCUCUGCAACUUUGCACGUGACAUCCAAUCCUGUCCAGACUGCUGAUUCUCCAGCCAAGACUAGCACGGCCACAUCUGCUUCUUCCAGCCCAGCUGGAAGCACAGUGGUUAAAGUGACUCCUGACUUAAAAACUGCUGAGCCAACAAGCUCUGCUUUCCGACUGAUGCCUGCUCUGGGCAUGACUGUAGCAGAUCAGAAGAGCAAAACCAUAACUACAGUGGCAUCCACUGAGGCCAAACCUGCUGCUACUAUAAGAAUCGUGCAGGGACUGGGGGUGAUGCCACCCAAAGCUGGACAGACUAUUACAGUAGCUACUCAUGCUAAACAAGUGCCCUCUUCCUCAGCGGUGAGUGUGCCCGGCACAGUCCAUACCUCAGCAGUUUCCUUACCAACUGUGAGUGCCACGGUGUCAAAAGCAGUUGCUGUGGCCUCAGGAGCUGCUGGGACUCCCAUAACUAUAGGCACAGGAGCCACUGCUGUCCGGCAGGUCCCUGUCAGCACCACUGUGGUAUCUACAUCCCAGGCAGGUAAACUACCAGCACGAAUAACAGUGCCUCUGUCAGUGAUCAGCCAGCCAGUGAAAGGCAAGAGUGUGGUGACUGCUCCCAUCAUCAAGGGCAACCUCGGGGCCAACAUCAGUGGAUUAGGUAGAAAUAUCAUCCUGACUACGAUGCCAGCAGGGACAAAACUGAUCGCUGGGAACAAGCCAGUGAGUUUUUUGACUGCACAACAAUUACAGCAGCUGCAGCAGCAAGGCCAGGCCACGCAGGUGCGAAUUCAAACAGUACCAGCCUCCCACCUCCAACAGGGAACAGUGUCUGGCUCCACUAAAGCAGUUUCCACUGUGGUUGUGGCAACAGCUCCAUCUCCAAAGCAGACCCAAGAUCAGCUAUGAACACUGGUUUGAAAAUGGACCAUUUUCCAAGAACUUCCCUGAGUCCGUGGCCAUCCUCCAUCCAGCCACCCAAGACUACCUAUCCACAUUCAUGGCUAGGGAUUGGACUGGAUUCUGUCAGGUUGCUUGUCUGGAGUCAGCAUUGUGAUGUCUAGGUAGAAAAUCCACAG